AUGUUCUGGUCUGUCAUCAUUGGUGGUACUUCGGUCGCAGGAACCACCAACGUCGCUGCAAACACUGCUCUCUUGGUCUUCAUGAUCACCUGGUCUAUGCUCUACACCGGAACCGUUGGCUGCUACGGCUGGGCUGUGGCCCAAGAAACUGCUUCGCAGGCAACAAGACCCAAGACCAUCUCUUUCACCUUGGUCUGCCAGCAGCUCACUGCACUCAUGCUCUCUUCGGUCUUCCCUUAUUUUAUCAACCCUGAUCAGCUCAACUGGGGUGGCAAAGUCAUGUUCUUGUUCGUUGGCGCAGAACUGUUCAUCAUCACUGCUCUCUGGUUCUUCCAGCCUGAGACAAAAAACAGAAGCAACGCUGAUAUCGAGAUGUCGUACGCUGCUGGUAUUCCUGCUCGCCAGUUCAAGAACUUCGCCGUUGUCGACGGUCAGGUUGUUGAGAAAGCACACAAGGAUGGUUUCCUCAGCCGCUUCUCCCGCAAGGCAUAA